GCUCAGCCAGUGUACAACGUGACGCCGAGCCGAGCAUUUCGUCGCGUACAUUCACCUUCUUACAUUCGUCCUGCUCAGCUCAUCUUAACUGUGCUCCCGUUGUGAAAGUUUCGACUCAAAACGAACACUGUCAAACGAAAUCAGAGUGCGACGAGACUGUGCCAAUACAGGAAAUCGCCGGCUCCGCAAAUAGAAAGAGACUAUUUGGCGGUCACUGCUAGAUCUUAGUAGGAAACGACACUCACUGAAAAGGUUCAGAAAAGAUACGAUUGACACAAAGCGAGAGUGAUCGAUGCAGAGGUUUUUAUUUAAAAAAAAAAAACUGCGAGUGAUUUUGAAGUUUAAUAGAAUAGAAUCAGGAUGCUUCUAAAUAUACAAAUACAUCGGUGUAUGUUGUCAUAAGGGUCUGGAAAUUUAUGACAGAAUCUUUUGAGUAACACGGUGUCAUUCACGGUUUCCUAUCGUCGUGUGGAUCUUGAGAGGAUGAUUGAUGAAUUUUCUACAUUUCCAAUAAGCGUGUCAUAUACGAGAUGUUUGAUUUAUGAGUAGUAAAAAAUUCAAUGGCGAGUUUUGUAUUUGACGAAUAUAUGUUACUUUUAUUUUAAUGAAUGACGAUGGUGUUGGAAAAUUAGUUAUUGGAGAAAAGUUAGAAUCUGAAGUUGAUACUUUUGAGUAUCAAUGUAUCAAUAAUUAACUAAGUCUGCUGAGUCUUCUUUCAACUUCGUUAAUUUUUUGAAUUGUAUGUGAAGUAUAUAAGUGGGCAUGAAUGAUGAACUACGAGACUUUUGUGAUGUAAUACAUUCUGAUUAUAUCAGAGAAUGGUGAUAAUGUUCUGAAGUUGAUUAGUGGAGAAAAAUUUUAAAUGAACAGUGGACGCUUUUGAUUAAUUUUAACGUCGACGGAAGUGAUUUUGAUGAGUGCAGCAACUUUUCAAGCGAGCUAGCAUGAGACUAGGUCGUGUCAUUUGUUGGAGAUUUCACGUCGUCGUUUGUUAAUGAUUCUGAUUACUUCCUCAUUGCCGUGUGGAUAGGUAUAAAGGAUAGUUGAGCAUCAAGAAAAUUACUGUACGAGAAUUCUAUAAAAUUCUCUGUACCCACUUGUCAAAAUAAAGAAUAUCGCGGGCUCAAAGGAGAAUCGCUGAAUUGAUGCUACUGUAAAAAGAGGAGGAACUCAGAGAGAAACGAUGGAGAUUCUGGGAGUGAAAUUCGCUCCGUUAAACGUUCCAUUAAACCGAAGAUUAGAAACGCUCUCAGCCGCGCUUUGGAUCCUAAUUUUCGCAUUUGGAAACUUCGCGGGAUAUAUUCUCACCGCCUAUUUUCUUUUCUUUACCCAAACCAUGCGCUACUUCAUAUUGCUUUACUUCGUCUGGAUGUAUUACGAUUGGAACAAUUUCGAUGUAGGCGAAAUACGGCUAAAAUUCCUGCGGUGGAUUAGGAGCUGCGCGUGGAGCCGAUACUUCUGUAACUACUUUCCUAUAAAAUUAGUGAAAACCACUGACUUGGAUCCGAACAAGUUGUAUUUAUUCUGUUGUUUUCCGCAUGGGAUCCUAUCGUCAGGAAUUUAUGGCGCAUUCGGAACAGACAUCAUCGGCUGUAGAGAACUUUUCCCGGGUGUCGAAUUUAGAGUCGUUGUACUGAACCAACACUUUAAAGCGCCGCUUUUCCGCGAGUAUUGUCGCGCUAAUUGCGCUCUUGGAAGCAGUUCAGAAACCUUGACACAGCAACUAUCAACGAGACCUUCGCCACCAUACACCGGAAAGGCGACAGUUCUGAUCGUCGGUGGAGCGGCAGAAGCAUUCGAAUGUAAGCCGGGCACUUAUCGCAUCCUAAUAAAAAGGAGGAAAGGCUUCGUAAAGCUCGCGCUGAAAAAUGGAAACCCUCUGGUUCCUGUCUGUUCAUUCGGAGAAACGGACAUUUACGAUCAAUUGACAUGGCCAGAAGGCUCAUACAUGAAGAGACUACAGGAGUUCAUUCGUAAGAAAAUCGGAAUAGCGCCGAUUCUACUGGUUGGUCGAGGAUUCUUCCAAUACACUUUUGGUCUUAUCCCUCGACGGAAGCCAAUUACUGUUGUUGUCGGUAGUCCGAUGGAGUUACCAAAGAUAGAAGAACCAACGAGAGAACAAGUCGAGGAAUAUCACGAGAAAUUCGUCAAGCACCUGGUGAACUUUUUCGAGAGCGAGAAACACAAGUACAUCGAGAAGGCGGAUUCGGUGCAUCUUGAGUUCGUAUAGUGAUAUCACGAAAUAAUGAUCAUUUAUAACGGACCCACGCAGUGAUUGUUCGAAGGACCAAGAAAUUGCUCAAGUAUAAACGUACAACGUGUAUUUAUGUAUUAAAUAAGUUUUAAGAUGUGAAAUAAUUGAGCAGAGAAUGGACAAUUGUUAGGCGAUGUAGUCAAUUCAAUAAUUACGUGUCUUAAGAACUUUGCAUAGAAAAGAACCAAUAGAGUUAUGAUAUCAUGAAUACGGACCGAAGAGCUAUACAGUAUGCCCAGUUUAAAUGUACGCACGUUACUAUACCUCCAAUUGUUAGAAAUAUGAAUAAACUUUUGUAUGAAGGUUUUAUUGUCGAAGAAAACUUUCCAAAUUUUGUUUAAUCUAUUUCUUUGAAUCCAUAGCUUAAUUCAUCAUCCAAUGAAAUAACUUUUUGAAAUAACGUACGAAAAGUACGUUUGCAUUUUUAAUAGUUGAAGAAACAAUAGCAUUCAGAUGUAUGUAUUUAAACUGAACAUAUUCCAUAUACAAUUAUACUUUUUCCAUAUGUAAUUAUACUUUUACAUAGGAACAUAUAUAUUUCAUGUGAUGCGGUUGUUAAGAAUUUUUAGGAUCUCGUGCUGCCGAAGCAGAAUAUUGUAGAUAUUACAUUCGUAAGCAACAUAAAUUGAUUUACUUGUCACGCAUUUUUCCACCCUGUUAGGGUUUUAAGUUUGAAUCAGAAGAUGUUAAAUACGUUCUUAGCGAGCACUUCUCUUCAAUGAUUGCUUGUACGAAAUCAGGGAUUUUAAGUAUCAUUGAUACUACAAUAAUUGUACAUAUGCAUAAAGCAAAUAACAGAGAAUGUAAAUUAGAAUAGUUACUAUGUACUCUGUGCAUGCGAUUUGGUAACAAACCUAUAGUAUCUACUUUUUUGUAAUUUGCAUAGAACCUUACGUGACCUCUAAAAUGCCCUAUUUAUUUAGACUUCUAGGAAGAUAUACAUAAAUGCAAUAGAAAUAUGCGUUUGCACGAGGUCAUAAAUAAUCACACGCGUAGCAUGCAAGCCUCGUAUUUGUCAAUAGGCGCAAAAUAACUGAGAUCUUUCUCAGUAUGGCUGAUAAACAUAUGUACAAACAUAUUUGUUGAUAAAAUGAAAUGGACCAUUUUUUGUAUAUAUAGCAACCUUGUUACAAACAAAACUGAGUCUUUUUUAAAAAGCAUCUAUUGUUAGAAAUUGUUAAAAAGAUUCAUACAAAUUGUUAUGCACUACAAUGCGUUAUGCACUAUAAUGUGCACGUCCUUGAUUCAGUGGUUAAAUUAAUUGGAGCUGUCGCGAUGAUAAUACAGUAAAUACGAAUAAUUAA